ACUCGGGUAAACAAAAGAAAAUUCAGAAAUAGGAAAAGAAAUUCUUAGAAAUGUCAAUUAACACAGCACAUGCCCAAGGAGGGGUCUUGAUUUUUGCUGGAGAAAGGAUUCUGUUAUAUUGUGAUGAUGUGGAAAUCGGAUUUGAUGGAGGUAAUCUACCAGAGUUCAAAGGUCACAAGAAAGGUCGAAUGUACCUCACCACUCACAGGGCCAUUUUUAAUGCCCGUAACAGUAAUGAGGUGUUACAGUCAUUCAGUAUGCCCUUCUACUGCAUGCGGGAAAUUGAGCUGGAACAACCUGUGUUUGGUUCAAACUACAUCAAAGGAAAGAUAAUGUCAGAGCAAGGAGGGAAGUGGCAGGGAGUUGUGAAGAUCAAGAUGUGGUUUACAGCUGGAGGAGCUAUCGAGUUUGGACAAGCUAUGUUACGAGCUGGACAGCUUGCCUCCAGAUACCAGGCCCAGCAGCCUCCUCCCUACACCCCUCCACAGGGCCCAGUUUACCAGGCCCCACCCCCCAUGUACACCCCACAGUACGGGAACUAUGGCUGGGUUCCAUUUGGUGCAUUCCCAACAGCUCCCCCAGCUGAACAGGUGUACAUGACAGAAUCUCCUCCCCCUUACCCCGGUAUUGAGCCCACAGCCCCACCCCCACCUACAAAUGGCUACCCUCCCCAGUCAAGUGCAGAUGCUAAGGCCCAGGAAGCUGCAGGAUCUGCGUACUAUAACCCGUCAGCCCCCCACAAUGUCUACAUGCCCCAACAACAGCAGUAUGGAGGCUACGGUGCCCCACCCUCCUACUCAGACGUAGUCAACAAGAAAAACCAAUAAAACAAGUGUUACUAAAAGUAACUGACACUAAAUAUAAAUGUGGUAUUGAACUUUAACUAUCUGCAUUUUUAAGGAGUACUAAAACGUGUUUACUUUUUUAUCAUUGGAAGAAAUUUUACCUAAAAAAUGGCUCCACUUAUGCACUUUCUAGUUGAUUAUAAAAAGUAUUUAUUAAUGAAAAUGGAUUGAAAGUGCAGCAUAAGUGCACUGAAAUUACAUACUUUAAUACUUUUCACAAAUAAGAAUCAAUUGUACAAUUAUCACAACCAAAAAUAUUUAUACAUUGUAAUGAUUGUUUCAUGUAUUGUUAGGUUUAUUACGACAAUGUUAAAUGUGUAAAUUGUGACCUUAUUUAUUCUAUAAGAGUACAAAGAUGUUAAAUGAGCAUGCAGUAAUGGGUCUUUUGUUCAUCAUGUCUAAUGUACCUGGUGUUUUAUAAGUCUUGCAUUAUUAUUGAGUUUCUAUUUCAGGUGUCAGGCUUUGUUAUUCAGUGUUACAGGUUGCUGUUGUUUUCAUUUACAUGUACAACCCAUGUAUAUUCAUUCCCAGAAUGCUGAGUCCAUGUAUUUAAUAAUGGGUCCAUUUUUCUUUACCUGAAACACCUAGCAAAAUCUGUUAGUUUUUUCCAUCACAUUUUACUCAUAUCUACUGGUAAUCAUGUACAUUUUCUAUCACUGAAUUUUAGAAACAAAAAUAUUACCUUUAUAUUAAAAACAAUAUCACGCACAUAAAUGGUAUUAUGUAUUUUCAAACAAGGAUCAUUGUCAUGUUGAAUGUCUGAUUUUACCAUCUUCUUUCAUGGGACAGAUAGGAUAGAUAU